AGAAGAGCUACACGAUGAAGUUUGCAACGUUUUUUCUGCUGUUUCUUGUCGGUGCCGCCACCUUGGCUGCUGUUGGUGUAGUCCUGGCCAACGUGAUGACCGGAACGGGCGAGCGCCUGGGCCUCUGCUGGUUCCUGUACACCUCGAAUCCCUUCAUGUGGUCCGGCCUGGGCAUCUUCCUGGCCUGCGCCCUCUCCGUUCUGGGCGCCGCCACCGGGAUUUACAUGAUUGGCUGCAGUGUGGCCGGCGGAGGCGUGCGAUCGCCUCGCAUCAAGACCAAGAACCUGAUCUCGGUCAUCUUCUGCGAGGCGGUGGCCAUCUAUGGCCUGAUCACGGCCAUCCUGCUCUCGGGCAGCGUGGUGAAGCACAGCACGCUGCGGCUGAUCACCGACAAGACGGUGAUGUCGGUCAACAUGUUCACGGGAUUCGCUGUCUUCGGAGCAGGCCUGUGCACGGGCCUGGUGAACGUGACCUGUGGCAUUGCUGUGGGCGUCGUGGGUUCCGGCGCCGCCCUGGCGGAUGCGGCCAACUCGGCGCUCUUCGUCAAGAUCCUCAUCGUGGAGAUCUUCGGCUCGGCCAUCGGCCUGUUUGGCCUGAUCGUGGCCAUCUACAUGACCUCCAAGGCGGAAAUGAUGCUGUAG